AUGGCUUCUGGACCUGCUACUCAGUCUCUGAAGACUUGCCUUCUGAUUUCAUACACCACCAAUGCCUUUCCUGGGGAAUAUAUUCCAACUGUGUUUGACAACUACUCAGCAAGUGUUAUGGUGGAUGGUAAGCCAAUUAGCCUUGGACUCUGGGACACUGCAGGCCAGGAAGAUUACGAUAGGCUGCGCCCACUAUCCUACCCCCAAACAGAUGUCUUCUUGAUCUGUUUCUCAAUCGUUAGCCCUCCAUCAUUCGAUAACGUUAAGGCGAAAUGGUACCCGGAAAUCGAGCAUCAUGCCCCUGGUGUUCCAAUUAUUCUCGUCGGUACUAAACUCGAUUUAAGAGACGAUAAAGGCACGAAUGACAACCUUCGUGCGAAGAAGAUGGAACCGGUCAGUUACGAGCAGGCUUUGGCUGUUGCAAAAGAAAUCAGGGCCCAGAAGUACCUGGAAUGUUCCGCUUUGACCCAACGAAACUUGAAGAGCGUCUUUGAUGAGGCAAUUCGAGCUGUUCUGAAUCCCCGACCCGUAGCGAAGCCAAAGGCAAAGAGAUGUAGCAUACUCUAA